UAGAAGUGAAACUACAGAAGUUUGGGAAAUUUUGUGUCAAAUAUUUCUUUGGGGGGGGGAGUCUGAUAUACAAGAUAUCCUCCACAAAGUUCUAUUUUAACGUCUCAUUGUUGAGGCUAGAUUCAUAUUAGCCAUAGCAGUGAUGCACAAGCUCUGAGAGGUUAUACCUUGAUGGAAAGGUUUUUAUUAUAGUCCUGGCAAGAAACUGUCUGCUUUCUGGGAACCAGCCUCGACCGUUUUCGGAUAGCUAUUCACAACCGACAAUGAAUCCUUUGACCAUGGCAAACUAUGCAGGAAACAAAGAAGAAUCCAAAAUGGAGCCCUCAGUGUGCUUCUCAGUAGUGAUGACAGAAUAGCAGAGAAGAGACAUAAGUUGUUUCUUCUAUGUAAAGCCUGCAUUUUUCUCGAACUAGAUCAUAACCUCACUGAAGAUUUAUUAUUGUCCUUCAGUGGACUUGUGAAGAUCUACAGUUCCAGUGCCUGAGAUAUAUUCACAUUAGCCAAGUAGAGUGGCAAAAGUUGGAAAAUUCAAGAACAGGCUUUGAGGACAUCUUUGGGAGCUAUGAGAGUGGGACAAAAUGCUAUUGAAAAAUUAGCAGAGAUCAAUGGUCCAUUGAAGAAUAGGGGGAAGGAAGACUACCAGAAACCUAUGGAGUCACAUUAUUUGGAAGGAAAGGUGGAGCAAUUACUAAUUUAUGAUAAAGAGAUCAUCGAUAUGAAUGAAACAAAACUACCAAAGUAGUAAUAAUACAGGAUCUUUAGAUAUCAUGGAAGAUACCAGCAGUGUUGCAGUAUUGGUACCUGGUAUUGGUGAACAAGAAGCUGUAUUGAUUUCUGAAACUGUCAUCAGUCCAUCAUUGGAAAUAGGGGAUGAACAGAGAAAAUAUAAAACAGACCCACUUAUUGAUGUUAUCCAGAAAUUGAGCAAGAUUGUAGAAAGUGAAAAGUCACAAAGAUGCCUUUUAAUUGGGAAAAAACGCUCCCAUCCAAAUGCUUCAAUGCUCACUCUUGAAACACAAGACCUUUGUGAGAUUCCAGCUAAAACAAUUGAACUACCUGCUUCUGGCACUAAAAGGACUGAGGAGCUGCAAGGUGAUUAUUAUAUCACUGAUUAUUUUCCACAGAAUAAUAGAAAGACUAUGUGUUACCAGUGCAGUCUUUGUAAGUUCCUAUCUUCUUCUUUGUCCGUGUUAAAAGAACAUAUCAAACAGCAUGGCCAGCAGAAUGAAGUAAUAUUAAUGUGCUCUGAGUGCCAUUUUGUAUCUAAGAGCCAAGAAGAACUUGAAGCUCACAUUGUAAAUUACCAUGGAAAUGAUGCCAAAACUCCUAUUGAAUCCAAAGUUCAGCAGUGCACUGGCCUCUCUAACCCCUCACUUCAAGGAACAAUAGAAGGGAAUCUCAAAACCGUUUCAGACCUCACUGUGAACUUGGACAAUAAUGACAUGCAGACAAUCCAAGCUGCUUCUGUGGCUGAGAUGGGGAGGAGGAAAUGGUACACAUGUGAGCAGUAUGGCAUGUACCGGUGCUUGAUUUGUAGUUAUACUUGUGGUCAGCAGAGAAUGUUGAAAACACAUGCUUGGAAGCACGCAGGGGAAGUAGAUUGUUCCUAUCCAAUUUUUGAAGAGGAAAAUGAUACUCUGGGCUUGUCAGACUUCUCAGCUACCACAGCUCAAGGAGUUGAAACAGUAGUUCUUGCUCUAGAGGAUGAUGAGCUAGGUAUUCAUAGUGGGCAGUCUGUUCAGGUGCAGAUCUGUAGUUCAGAACAACUGUCAUGCAGAUCUAUUGAAAAAAACAGAGAAGUAAAUGAAAGCCUAAGACAGUCAACAACCCUUGACCCUAAUGGAGAAGAAAUGUUGGAGGUGAUGUCUGAUACUGAGGACAGUCUGAUGGCUGAUAGUCUACUUUCAUCAGCACAGAAAAUCAUUAACUGCAGCCCAAAUAAGAAAGGUCAUGUUAAUGUAAUUGUGGAACGUUUGCCUAGUGCUGAAGAAACGGUGUUACAAAAACCUUUUCUAAUGAAUACUGACAUGGAAGAGGAAAAAAACCUAAUCUCCACAAAAACCCAAAUUGUUCGUGAAGAAUCAGAUGAAGUGUAUAAAACUGAUAAAAGCACUGUUGAAAUUGAAGAGGUGAUCAUAGGCUGGAGCAGUCCUGAGAAGAAAGACAAUGAGAUCAUCUCAAAUAAAGUUCUUGCUGCUGAUGAGAAUGCCCCUCCAGGCCGGAGAAGGACAAAUUCUGAGUCCUUAAGACUACACUCUUUAGCAGCAGAAGCUCUGGUCACAAUGCCUAUAAGAGCUGCAGAAUUAACUCGAGCCAGUCUUGGGCACUAUGGGGAUGUAAAUCUUUUAGAUCCAGACACUGGGCAAAGGCAAGUUGAAAAUACCAUAGCAGCGUAUUCUAAAUUGAUGUCUCCACUUAACUCUACAGAAGUGUUAACUAGCUUUAACCAAAGUGACUCUACGUUAGUAGAACUUACAGAGGACAAACAAGAAUUAUCAGAAGUGCCCGUUAAAAUGGGUAUCAGCAUGUCCCUGCUCACUGUAAUUGAAAAAUUGAGAGAAAGGACAGACCAGAAUGCUUCAGAUGAUGACAUUUUGAAAGAAUUGCAGGACAAUGCUCAGUGUCAGUCUACUGGUGAUUCAAGCUUGCCUGGAAACAGCUUGGUAGAAUUUAUCCCCAACGCUGAUCGACCAUACCGUUGCCGCUUAUGUCACUAUACUAGUGGUAACAAGGGCUACAUUAAGCAGCACUUGCGAGUCCACAGGCAGAGACAGCCUUACCAGUGUCCUAUUUGUGAGCAUAUAGCUGACAACAGCAAGGAUCUAGAGAGCCACAUGAUCAACCACUGUAAAACCAGGAUGUAUCAAUGCAAACAGUGUGAAGAAUCUUUUCAUUAUAAGAGCCAGCUGAGAAACCAUGAAAGAGAACGACAUACUGCUCCAGAUAAUUUGUCAAAAGUAAAUUCAAAUGAACCAGUAGUUUCAAAUGAGGCAGCUGAAGGAAAAUGUAUUCGGGAAGGCAAUAGAUCUUCAAUCCAGAGACUAUAUAAAUGUGAUGUGUGUGAUUAUACAAGUACAACCUAUGUUGGUGUCCGGAAUCACAGACGAAUCCAUAGCUCUGAUAAGCCAUACAGAUGUUCUCUGUGUGGAUAUGUAUGUAGCCAUCCUCCAUCUUUGAAAUCCCAUAUGUGGAAACAUGCAAGUGACCAAAAUUAUAACUAUGAACAAGUGAAUAAGGCCAUCAAUGAUGCAAUUUCACAAAGUGGCAGGGUUCAAGGACAAUCUCUUGGAAAAAUUUUAUCAGAAAGCACUGAUGAGAAAGCUAAUUCUGUUGUGGGGAUUUCAGAGAAUUUGGUAUCAUUUUCAGAAACUAUUAGCCAAGUUCCCAGUGAAGUUAUAGGCACCAGUGAGAAUAAAAAACUUAACUCAGCUAAGAAUAAUACUUCACAAAAUUCAGAAAAGCACCCCAAACAGGCCCUUCACAAUAUGGAAUACUGUGUUUUGCUCUUCUGUUGUUGUAUUUGUGGUUUUGAAUCUACUAGCAAAGAAAACCUCUUAGAUCACAUGAAAGAGCAUGAAGGUGAAAUUAUAAACAUCAUUCUAAACAAGGACCACAAUGCAACUCUAAACACAAAUUAGUUGGAAUAAUCUUUCUAGCAUCAGCUCUAUCUUUAUUAAUAUCCACUGAGGUACUAGAUAAAGAAGAACUUACUUGUAUGAUAUUUGUGUAAAUGGCAAGUGUGACUUUGGUGAACUGAAUCCACCUAAUGCAGUAAGAGAAGGAAUUCUAAAUGGGCAAUACUUAAUAAAAAAAUAAAUACUCCUAGUUAGUGAAUGCAAUGGGGAAAAAACAAAAAAGUUUGUAUUGGCCCUGUAUUCCUCCAUCUUGUGCCAAAUGUUUGCAUUUCCAAAUGCCUAUUAUAGACCUAAACAAAGGAGUUAAUAUAAAGUGUUUUCAGAAACUACUGUAAUAAAAAUAAAUACCUCCUUUAUUUUAGGUAAAGGUUAUUUGUCCUCCUUUCUAACUGGUGGCAUAACAGCUCUUGGGGGUAGAUAAUUUUACCUAAGAAACUAGGUCUGUUCAGUGUUACUGACAGGGAAGACAAGAUCAGAAGGGGAGGUUAAGGAACAAGUAGACUUUGGGACAAUAGAAUGUUUUCAGAGUCUUUGCAGUAUGUUUUUGCAAUCCCAUGCCAAACUAAAAGGAUUUAGUCAUCCAGUGAAGCUUGGCAUAAAUGAGACAUUACACACAAAACCAAACACCUCUGUAUUCAAAUGUGGUGUACAAGUAGAUGUUAUAAAAAUGUCUUUCCAACUACAUGUAUGGGAUCAUUUUGGAGGAGAAUAAGGGAGAAAUAAUCAAGAAAUAACCAAAAAAAAUUUUUUUUAUUUAGUUUCAUGGAAAUGGCAACUAAAAAAGUAUGGUAUUCAUGUUGCCACUAAAAAGUCUGUCUCUGAGUGAUAUUCAGAGCACUGUAGUUUCCCAAAUGAAAUGAAGACGACUGAACUCCAUUUCCCAUGUAAAAGCAAGAGUGCUACCAUAUAGAAGCUCACCAGAACUAUGAAGUUUCCUUUGUUGAUUGCUAAACCAGUUUGCUGACAUGUAUCACCGUCCUUCAUUGAGUGAGAAAGUGCAUGAUGGUUUAACAAUGGUUUCUUUUAAAUCAUUUCAAAACAUAGAGGAAGAAAUUUGAUGGCACUUAAAAUGGGGGCUUCUAUUGUGGACUUUUUUUUAUUUAUAGAGUUUAUAAAUCUGAUGUUUUGAUAUUUACCUACAAAAAUGAGAUAAUAAGCAUAAGUGCUAUAUCCUAAAAUAGCUUGCCUAUAAAAAAGUUUAACAAACAGGGUUUAAUAGUAUUGAAGGAUAUGUCUUACCUAAGGAAAAUCUAGAAAAUUUUAGUGUUCUAUGAAAGGGUGAAGUAAAGGACAGAUUUUUUAAAAAAGGAAGUUGCCUCAAAACCUGCUGUCACAUAGGUGCAAUUCUCCUUUCUAGUUUUUCACAAAUUAUAAGUUUUGUGUAAGAAACUUUAUUAUAACAUAUUUCAAAGAAUGAUAGAAAGAACAUUGUUUCUUUUGUAUUUAUUAUCACGUAUUUAUGCAUAAUUUCUGUUAACAGAAAUGAGCUGUAACUAUAGAUCUGAAAGGCUGGUGUACACCCAGUGCACCCAUGUUCAUGGUGCUAUUUCUGCAUUUGUUUUCUAAUAUCCUCCUGAUCAAAGACUGUGACACUUGGCCACUUAGAGUUUAUCUGGGAAGUUGUAUAUACACUUCUUACUUGAGGAAGCAGAAUAAGGUAUCCUUAUGGAAUACUUUGAGUUAUAGCACUGUCUGAUUUGUGUUUCUCCCAUUAUAAUUUGAUGACUUAGGUUACACAUGUAUAAGUGUGUUAAAUAAAAUUAAGAUUUUGAAGCAAUGUCAUAUAGCUCAUUAAUUUAAAAUGCCUUUUACCCUUUUUAUUAAAUUUAAGUUCACUUAUGAGAUUAUUUUAAAAGAAAUUUCAAAACAUUUGUUUGUAGUAAAUAUAUCACUGAACCCAAAGUAUAUGACGUAGUAGAGAGUUUUAUAAUUUCAAGGUCUCAUCUUUUCAGAAUCAAAAUGUAGCAUGAAUUUUGAAUCAGAGUCAAAUAUUUUAAAUAGUACCAUUGUCAUUGCAAUAGUAAACACUGAUAUCGUGGGCCAGAUUUUCAUUUCUAAGAAGUCAUUUCUAUAAAGUAAGAAGACACCUAGCUUGGUGUUUCAGGUGUUGAAAACAGUUAUGCCGAAAACAGACAACCUUAAGGAGUUCUUAUGUUAAAUGUGCAACAUGGAAAUUCAUUUUAAUGGUUCCUAUUUUGUAUACUUAUUUCGGGGGGGAGGGGGAACCUAAUCUCUGUGUCUCCACAUGUAUAUAUGUUUCUUUCGUUUUAAAUUGCCUGUUUUUGGUACCCCCAAACUAAUUCCAUUGAAUUGCUCCCUUACAUUUUCCAUAUGGGAUCAUGAAUUUUAAGAUUAUCACAGGCAAUGGAAAGGAAGUGAGACCACAAAAUAGUCAUUAAACUCCUAUCAAGACCAAUGGUUUCAUUUGAUAUGCCUAACAUUAACACUGUCAUCCCAAAUAACAGAAUACUUCCAAAAAGGAAAAAAGUGUUCUAAAUGUUCAAAUGUCAAGAAUGUAAUUUCAAUGUAAUUAAAUAUCAAAAUAACAAAUCAGUAGGAACCCCCAAAGGAAGAUUAGUUUAUUAGCACAAGAUCUUUCUUCAUACAAACUGUAUUUGAGAACUCUACAUUUUUAAAGGUUCCAGACUUGAUCCUGAAAGCAACUUUUUAUAAGGAACUUUGACUGAGACAUAUGGUGAUGGUUCUAUAAACAACAAUGUUGUGUUAUUUCUCUGAUGAUCCAGAGUCCCUUUUGUGUCAUACAUGAACAAUCAGAAAAUUACUAUACCACACUGUAUUUGAGCCUUACAUUUUCAAUUCUCUGGCCAGUCAAUUUAAUUUAGUGACACUCACUGUAACCUUUGUUCUAAAUGCUUUAAUCCUGUUUGUGAUAAAAAAAAAUCCAUUCCAAAACCACUUAAGAGUUGUCUGUACAAGGGAAGCAAAACAGUGGGUCCCUAUGUUUACAUUUCAUCAUCCUACAGUGUAUUUGGAUUGACAAGGAAGAGCAAACUCCUGUCUGGAGAUUCAUAGAAUUUUCAGUUUUCACAAGCACUUAUUUAAUCAUUAAUCCUAUAAAAUGUACAGCAGGUGCUCAAAGUAAUGUUAUGAAAAAAAAUAUAUUUAAUAGAAAUUUGAGUUUAAUAUUCAUGGACAUGGAUAUAUGUAUUUUUUUAAGAAAUAAGCAUUGUAUAACACUAUGGCACUGCUUUUAUAGCCAAAGCAUUAAAAUCUUUAGAAAACUGACAAUGUAAAGACUACAGUUAAUUUUAACACUGUAUCUUAUUAAAAUAGGAUGAUCUGCAUUUUAUAAAAUUAUCCAGCACAUUAAGCUGCAUGCCUUAAAGCCUAAAAUUCUAGGAUUGUGUUCAUGAUGGAACAAAACAAUGAAGCAAAUUCAACAAUGCUUCCUUAACUACCUUCUCAAAUACUGUACAAUGUUAGAAUAAAUUAUUUUGCUUUACAGGCGUUUGUCUUGUAUUGACUUUAAUAUUGUAUUUUGGUAAUAAACUUUUUGUUAAAAAAAAAAAA